AUGUCAAGCCCCACAGCACGCACGAUCCUGUCCUUCCAAACCAAUGGCAAACUCCACAACCUCAGCACAAUAAUAACAUCCAUCACACCUUUCAGUGCCCUCGCCGAGCCCAACCGGGUUUUAUUCAAGACGGGCACCGACGAAGACACGGUGAUCGCAACCAGAGAAACCAUCUUCCACCCGCAGGGCGGCGGCCAACCAUCCGACACCGGCACCAUCACAUCGAACAACAACGACGCCAGCGCCGCAAAACUCACCGUCUCGGCCGUGCGCAUGGACGCCGUGACCGCCGGGCAAGUCCUGCACCUCGGACGCUUUGCCACGGCAGACCAAAGGUUCAGCGUCGGCGAGAGCGUGACACAGGCGAUCGACGCGGAGAAACGCCUUCUGUACUCGCGAUACCACACGGCCGGGCACGUCCUGGGCGCAGCGGUGCGCCAUCUCCUCGAAACGCAGAUCGACGGGUUCGACGAGCUCAAGGCCUCGCAUUUCCCGGACGCCGCAUCCUGCGAGUUCCAGGGUCUGAUCGACGGGAAGUUCAAGGCGCCCAUUCAGGAAAGGCUCGAUCGGUAUGUCGCCGCGGCGAUGCCGGUGGAAAUCGAUUUUUGGAGUGAGGACGAUUUUCGCGCGAAUGGCCUGGAGAGGUUGAUUCCGGCGGGGGACGGCGUGCAGUUGGCGCCCGGGGAGAAGUAUCGGGUUGUGAAGAUUGUGGGCGCAGAGGUCUAUCCUUGUGGUGGCACGCAUGUCGAUUCGUCGGAUUUGUGUGGUAAGGUCGGUGUUAAGAAGAUUAGUCGGAGUAAAGGGACUAGUCGAGUUAGUUAUACUGUCGAUUGA